AUGGCACUUGGAUGCUCAUCUUUGGAUAGAUCCUUUAUUAUCCCUAUCUUGGAGGACUCUAAGUUUUUGUUGUUACAGAUCACUGCAGAAGGCUUUGCCUAUGUCUGCCGGACUGCAAAUGAGGCUACUCACCGCAUUGCUCGCUUUGCUUUACACCUUGGAACACCCAUCUCUUGGUUCGAGGAACCUCCAGACUUUCUAGUUGAUGUUUUAUUUGAGGAUGGUAACAAGUAG